ACACAGCAGUGAGCACCUAGCACUGAGCUAAUCACUCCUGGAGCUGAGAAUGUCCUGCUGUGGCAAGAGCCUGCUCUUCAUUGUUUUGGCCUUGGUGGUGCUAGGUCACCUCUGCAGCCAGUCAGAUGCAGCAAGCAACUUUGACUGCUGCCUUCGGUACACAAAGCACAUUUACCCUCCCAAAAUUUUUGUGGGAUUCGUGAAACAGCUAGCUGAUGAAGCUUGUGACAUUAACGCUAUCAUCCUUUACACAAAAAGGAAAAUAUCCGUGUGUGCUGAUCCGAAGCAGGACUGGGUGAAAAAGACCGUGCGCUACCUCAGCCUGAAAGCUAAGAACAAGAAGAAGGUGUAAAAAUGGAUGUGUUUCUGGGAUGAAAUUGGACACAGCCCAAGGACGAAAUGCUCACAGCUGGGGCUGAAGGCUUCACCUGCACAUCAUUGCACAGACCUGCUUUGUGUCCCACUGGACUUGUCCAAUGGAUGAAGUUGAUUCAUAUUGCAUCAUACUGUGUCUUGUUUAAGCUCAUGUUAGAGUUAAGUGGUUUUUUAUGUUAUUUAUAGAUCUUGGUUUUCUAUGUUUAGCUAUUUAAUGUUAAUUUCCCACAAUCUAAGGGAGGAUUUGCUGUAAGGUAUAAUAUUACGUCUAAGGGAAUAAGAUUAUAUGGACCCUUCAUGUAAGCAAUAACCUGUUGUAAAAAAUAUUUAAUUUUCUUCUGUGUAUUUAAUUGUCUCUUAAACUGAUGUGAUUACCUUAUAUAGCAGAAAAGAAUUAUGAAUGUAUUGAAAAUAA